AUGACGGCGAAAGUGAGCGUCAAGUGGGGCAAACAAAUAUUCGAGCAUGUUUUAGUUGAUAAGUCGGCACCUGUGGCUGUGUUCAAGGAACAGCUUUACGCGCUUACGUCCGUUCCUGUAGAUCGCCAGAAGCUCAUGUCUAAGGCCUGGAAAGGAAUGCUCAAGGACGACACGGAUCUUUCGAAGCUCGAUAAAUUUGUUGACGGUGCGGGCGUGAUGCUUAUGGGAUCAGCUGAGGUGGUAAAGAAGCCUAAAGAGCCCACUGUCUUUAUUGAGGACAUGACGACAAACGAUAUUGCGGCUUCGGGCACUGUCUAUCCAGCGGGUCUCGUAAAUUUAGGCAACACAUGCUACAUGAACGCUACGCUACAGUGUUUGCGGCCUGUUAAGGAAUUACGUGAGGCGCUUACGACUCACCCUGGCGGUGUCUCGGCGGAUUUGGCGAAUAACUUUACCACUGCACUUAAGGACAUGUAUGGCCAGUUGGACAGCAGCUUGGAUAGCAUCACUCCAUCAAUGUUUGUGUCGGUACUGCGUCGCGCAUAUCCACAAUUUGCACAGCAGUCGCCGCGCAGUGGUGGAUAUAUGCAACAAGACAGUGAAGAAUUUUUAUCCACGCUUUUUGCGACGCUGCAGCAGACCUUAACGCAACCCACGGGCGGUCUGAAAUCUUUGGGACCAACAAGUAACAUGGUUGAGGCGCUCUUUGGAUUAGAAAUGAUUGAAGAACUCAAAUGCAUGGAAAGUGACAUGGAAGCAGUCGUAGUGAAAAGAGAGAAAGCACUUAAGCUUGUAUGCAACAUCACUAUCGAGACUAAUCACUUGUCUGAUGGCAUUAAAAUUGGGCUGGAAGGUGCGAUUGAGAAACACUCGGAUGUAUUAAAAAAAAAUGCUGUGUGGAAGAAGACGCUACGAAUAAAUCGCCUACCAAAGUAUUUGUGCGUGCAAUUCAUGCGAUUCUAUUGGAAAGCAACACCUGAAAGCCGUGAUCAUACUGGUGUGAAAUGCAAAAUGUUGCGACCCAUUAGCUUCCCGAUGAUCUUAGACGUAUACGACUAUUGCACUGAUGAGUUACAGGCUACGAUGAAAAUUUUUCGUGACAGAAACGCUGAAAAGAUAUUAAACGAGUUUAAAGACAAGUCUGCGGCAGAAGAAAAGAACGAGAAUAAUGAAGAUGAUACGAUGGACGGUAUGUCUGAGGAGGAGAAAGCUGCUCUGGAUACUGCUCGCGCGCUUUCCAUGGGAGCUGAACCUCCUGGCGUUGAUCUCCCCCUUGACUUUCAGGGAAACUAUGAACUGUACGCGAUUUUGACGCACAAAGGGCGAUCGGCUGACUCGGGUCAUUACAUGGCUUGGGUGCGCCACGAAGGAGACGACUGGUAUUGCUACGAUGAUGACGAUGUGUCGCCGUGUAAGACGGAGGAUAUCAUUAAGCUUAAGGGAGGUGGUGACUGGCACAUGGCGUACCUUGCUUUCUAUCGUGCUACGAACUAG